AUGGCCUACGAAAAGGAAUUGGAGAUUGCUCUCCUCGCCGUGCAGCGCGCCUCCAUCCUCACAAAGUCCGUCUACUCGAGCCAUUCCAAGGGCACCCUCUCCAAGAGCGACUCGUCGCCCGUCACAAUUGGCGACUUUGGCGCCCAAGCCCUCAUCAUCGCAUCGAUAAAGCACGCCUUCCCCGAGGACGAGAUAGUCGGCGAAGAGGAUGCCGAUGACUUGCGCAAAAACGACUCACUCCGCGACCUAGUCUGGGAUCUGGUACAAGCAGCGAAGCUGGACGACAGUUCAGCAGAGGACAAGAUUGGUGGACCCAUUAAGAGCGCAGACGCCAUGCUGUCAGCAAUUGAUGCCGGCAACAGCCAGGGAGGCAGGAAGGGCAGAAUCUGGGCACUCGACCCCAUCGACGGCACAAAGGGUUUCUUGCGAGGCGGGCAGUACGCCGUCUGCUUGGGCCUGCUAGUCGACGGCAUACCCACCGUCGGCGUCAUCGGGUGCCCCAACCUGCCCGUAGACGACCAAGCACCCUUGGACGCAACCACUGGCCAAGACGCAGACGACAAGGAAGGCAAGGGCGUUCUCUUCGGCGCCCCACCUUUUUGCGAAUCUGUAGAAGCAGGCCACUCCUCGCAAGGCGACAACGCCGCCAUUGCUUCCAAACUCGGCAUCACCAAGCCCUCUGUUCGCAUGGAUUCGCAGGCGAAAUACGGUUCCAUUGCCCGCGGAGCUGGCGACCUCUACCUCCGCCUCCCAGUCAGCAAGACAUACCAAGAGAAGAUUUGGGACCACGCCGCCGGUGUCGUCAUCGUCCAAGAGGCAGGUGGUGAGGUCACAGAUGCAUAUGGCAAGCCGCUUGACUUUGGCAUUGGCAGGACGCUCAAGGAGAACAAGGGCGUGGUUGCAGCGCCAAAGGAUGCGUUUGCACAGGUCAUUGCUGUUGUCAAGGAGGUGUUGAGUGCAAAGGAGUAG